GGCUACGUUUGGCUCCCAUUCACGCGCCUCUUCACAUUCUUGAGUUUGCAUUGCAGGCAGCUUUUUUUUCUGGAGAAACACACAAGUGAUUCAACUCGCAUUGGAGCACCAGUUGCCACCGGGUUUAGUCGUGUUUUUUUAACAGAGGCAUUUGUAUGAACUUUUAUCUUUAAACUCUGUUAAUUAUCCUACCCAAUUUGGAUAGGCUACGUUUUCUCUCCUGUGCCACAUCUCCACACUAAAGGAGCAUGAGCAGUUGGUGAGCUGAAUACCAACAACUAAAUCUAUAGAUCUUUAUAACUUUGGUUGAUGUUGAUGCGCAUUUCACCGUGCGCUAUUGAGAUGGCAAAACCUUUGGAUCACAUAAAGAGGCCCAUGAACGCUUUCAUGGUGUGGUCUCGCGGUCAGAGACGAAAGAUGUCACUGGAGAAUCCCAAAAUGCACAACUCUGAAAUCAGCAAAAGACUUGGCGCGGAAUGGAAGUUGCUUUCCGAAUCAGAGAAGCGACCAUACAUUGAUGAAGCCAAGAGAUUGCGCGCGCAACACAUGAAAGAUCACCCCAACUACAAGUACAGACCUCGGCGCAAACCCAAGAGCUUGCUAAAGAAGGACCGGUUCCUUUUCCCCUUUCCCUUCCUCGGGGACGCAGAACAUUUGAAAGGAUUUUCCACGGAGUCCAUUUUGGCUUCCGCUGAGAAAGCUCGAGCCCUUUUGCCGCCGACAUCAUCACCAUACUCGCUCCUUGACUCAGGUCAAUUCAGCACCGGUGCUGUCCAGAGGAUCUCAGAAAUUCCCCACGCUCUGGCUGCCAACGGCUUGUCAUAUGCGCCCUCUUUGGGAUACCAGACUGGCGCGUUUGGAAGUUUGGGAUGCCCCAGCCAGCACACUCAUACUCACCCGUCCUCCACGAACCCGGGGUACGCCUUGCCCUGUAACUGUGGCACCUGGUCGGCGACGGGUUUACAGCCUCAGGUUGCAUACAUCCUUUUUCCAGGUAUGGCCGGUAUAGACCCGUACUCCUGUUCACCACAUUCAAGUGUGUGACCACAUAAAGAAAAAACGCAUGUGAAUAAAAUACAUGAAUGUUCACAUCAUAACUGUCAAAAUAGUUUUGCUGUUGUCUCACAUCAAGGUGAGCAAUGGGCUAUAUCUACCACGCACGCGCAACGAGGACCGAUUCUGAUUAUGGUAAAACUGAAUAUAUCUAUUUAUUUACUGUAGAUAGGUCAAAUGAAUUUACAUUUUCAUUCUUGAUUGGUUUUCCUUAUUUAUAUGGAUUUUUCGUUCUGUAUUUAUGUUGUGUUUACUUCAUUAACUUUAUGAUGAUAUGGCAAUAUUUUUGGGAAAUAUGAUUUAGGUUAUUUUGGCAUUUCAAAAAAGGCAGUUACCAAACUUUAAAUCUCAAUUGUCAAUAUGCCUUCAAAAAUCUGGAUUUGUCUAUUGUCAAUUAAAAAAGUUUGUUUUUAACAGAUCAGACCAUAUUCCUUGGCAGCUGUUCCUAGCCAGCUACUAAUAAGUCAGUUUAUCAGAAGAUACAUUGUAAACGUACCAAUUCAGAUAGACCCCAAUGAGUCACCUUUGUCUUAUGAAAUUACCUCAUAAAUAAGACUGCAUCAAAGUAUAAUUUUGCAAAUGUCAUCUCACAUGUUCAACUAGUGGCCAGAGGAGGGCAGGAUAAACCUGUGAAUCAGUGAUGAUUUCUAACAGAAACAGACUCUUAGUGAUGUAAAAUGGAUGCUUUAUGUUAAACAAAAGAAUAAAGCAGUCAAUCGAUGUCUCUAUGAUUACUCAUUAAACAAGGAUCUGCAACAUAAUUGAGCAGUUUAUUACAAUAUAAUCAAUGAAUACCAUGAUGACCACUGCUACUGUGUUUUGUUGACAUGGACAUGAUCAUCUGCAUUCAAAUUAAUCUAGUUGAAGUGGCUUUAUAUUCAGUUUCACAUUUUACCUCCAUAAUGGUUAAGGAGGAUUGGAGUUGAGUUAACUGAUCUUAGAACAGCGUUUGAGGUCAAUCUCUACCUAGCUUUUAGUUUGUUGAUGAUUUUCAUCGGACCACAUUUACAUUCAAAUUCUGAAGCAAAGGAAGUUAUUUGUUAAACCACUUAUAAAAAAAAGGUAUUCCCUGCCCACCAAAGACGAUUGGCAAAAGCUCUCAAGAUUGUGUUACCAUGGUAUUUUUUAUCAAUAAUGUUAUUGGUCCAUAAUGGUCUACCAGUAUUGUUUGAUGGAAUCCAGACUGUUUAGUUUCACUGUAUAAAAACUUUCAGUGUGUAUAUGUCUGUGUGUGUGUAUGUGUGUGUGCUCUCAGUGCUUGAGAGAGGCUUGCGAUAAGAGAAGAAUGGAAAGCCUCUCCUGCCCAGUUGGAUUGUUGACAAAAUGAUCAUGUGAUUAAAAUGAGUUUCUGCUUGUUCUGAGUGUGAAAAGGAAUGAGUCUUACUAAGCAUCAUAUUAAAAGAAUUGAUGCGGUCACAUCAACAAAUCAUCAACACUAACGUCUGGGUGCCUAUACA